AUGAAUCCUCCAAUUCCUGCCCCCACUACUCUUGGCCAUGAAAAUAGCUUGCCAUUCUGUGUAGAAAUUGUUGCAGUUUCUGUCUCUGUAUUUGGCGGCUACCGUCGAGCCGGAAAUCAAGAGCAUCAAAUAGAACAACUUAUGCCGCCUGUUGAGAUAAAAAUUGCCGACAAAAGCACCGGAAUAACGAUAAAUGGCAGCGGUGGUAGUCUGUGUGCAAUUUGCUUGGGAGAUUUCAAGGACGGGGAAUGGUGCCGUGUGUUUCCUCGCUGCAACCACGAGUUCCAUGUGCCGUGCAUUGAUGCUUGGCUGGAGCGCAAUCUUAACUGCCCCGUUUGCCGGAAUCCCUUGGAAGUUGCAGCAGUGCCUAAUAUUGCCGGAGACGAUCUUGUGUGA